UGCAGCUAGUAGAUAAUUACAGCAAUCCCAACCUCUUCCAACCUCUUCAAGCUGUCUAGGGGCUUGACUCUGACUGCAUGAAUGAAAGCAAUGUUAACUUCUAAACUUUACUACAAAUAUCCACCAUAGCAAAAGAUGUGUGUGCUGUUGCUACCGCUCAGUAAUAGGAAGUAGGAAUCAAUUGUAUCUGUCCAGAACUUAACUCUCCCUGGUACCGCCACCUGCCCUCAAGCAGCCUGAAAGCUGAGGGGAUGCAGCAGGAAAGAAAGUGACCCUAAGAAGCAGAAUGAAAUGAGAUGCCAAAGAAGGGAGGAGAGUGGAAACAGGGAGGGCUGGGGCGGGACUGUUUAAUGUUCGAAAUCAGUGCCAAGCUAAAUUGGAAACAUGAGUCUGCGUACCUGGAACUUACCUCAUCCGUAUAUAAUUUGUAACCUGAGAUCCCCUCGCAGCAGAGAAGUAAAAAUAGCAAGGCUCUCUGGCAGGUCUGUUCUCUGCAGAGUGGAAGGUCAGGAUCAGGAAGGCAGGACUUGCGGAGAGCCAGAAAGCUGGGCCACAGAAUGCCCAUCAUGUGGUUUUGGCAGGGACACCUUCUCCCCUGUCUCCUGUGUGAUGACACAGGAAAUACAUCCAAGGAGGUGGUUUCAGGAUUCUCCAGGGAAAAGAGGGAAGCAUGGCAGUGUGCAGGCAGACAUGGUGCUGGAGGAGCCACGAGUUAUACAACUUCAUCAAAAACACAAAGAUAUUGAAAGUAUAUUUGUGCAUAGACAAAACAGGAAGUGCUGUGAUUCUAGAAAACUCUCCAACUCCCUGGAUGUUCUAUUAAUUUUUGGACUUCCUAUCAGCACUAUCUAAAGAAAAAUCAAGUUGAAGGAGU